CAACGAACGGCGACGGCAAGACAGCAAAAUUUUGUAAAUGAAAUUGAAAUCCAGCUGCAACGCUGCAACAUCAGUAUAGUUUGUGAAUCUGAAUCACUCGGUUUCUUAUCGCCUUUCAUUCCUUUCAUUUUGUGUUUAGCUGUAAAGCAGAAGUGAUUCAUUUAAUUUUUCUCCGCUGAUAACGCAGGCAAAACUAUGGUAGUGUCGGAGGAGGAAAUCAGUCAGAGAAAACUUUUGAAGCAUCGUGGCCGGAACGUCGCAUACCAUUUUCAGCUUCCGGCUUACGUGCAAAUAAUACGCCGUCUGAAUGCAGCUCCUCUGCUGGACCUGAACAUGGUAACGCUUCUGGAAGUUUUGUUGGAUCGGUUGCAAAAACUAGCAGAUUUCAACAGCUAUCGGCCACCGGAUAUUUCUGAGGUUGACCUUCGUCAGCAGAAAGUGGCCUUUACGUUUGGCUGUGGUUUUUGCAAUGAAAAAGGUUUCAACGCCCGUCAAUCUCUUGAACACGUUAUGAAUGUUGAACACAACCAAUUGAACCACAGACAGAUGAAGAAGCUUCAACGCUUCAAGAAGACCUCAACGGACAACUAUCAGGAAUUCCUUUUCAGAAGGCAUGAAAUGAUGGGGAAGAAUAACUUGCAACCGCAUCUGCUGGAUGGGUUGUUCGAUUUCUAUGUGAUGACGAAGAAUUUCCUUAAAAUGACCACUCGCUACUUGUCGUCGUUGAGCAAGCUGGAAUGGGCUCCAUCGAUAAUUGUCGCGCAAGGGGUUCUCGAUCUUUUGAACAUGAUCGAUUUGUUGCUAACCAAAUCAAAGUGCAUUGAAUCUGUUCCGCGAUUCACGACGAUACUGCAGCAACUGCUGCCAGGCGAACUACGGUUCGUCGGAAAUGGAAAAAUAUUCGACCACAUUCAAUCAGCAAUUGAUCACGUAGCGCUGGGAUCAGGAUUGAAAAUGGCUCCCCCUGCGCAAGGAUUUCAAAACGUGUUUACCUUACCCCCAAUUGGCAACGGUUCCUUCUAUCAGCUACCGCCAAAUAUGCUAGUAGGACCUCCAAUUGUGGCCGGGCCAGGCAUUCCUGCCUUCACAACCAACCCUCCGGUUCGAAUGUUGCCACCACCACCGAUUCAUUUGCCACCGCCCCCAAUGAUGAGCGCUUCCAUGAUGCGACUGGGCAUCGACAUGCAAAUGAUCAGCAUCGGUACCCAACAACAGCAACGGCAACAAUUCGUACACCAACAGCAGCUGUUAUUCAAUCCGUCCGUGAUGAGAAUGACCAAUCAACAGCAGCAAAUGGCUUUCCAGCAACCCCCACCGCAAAUCCCUCCACCUAUGAGUCCCACUGGGACGAAUACGAUUGCACCAAUCGCACCAAUCGACAAACGCUUGCCACCGAUACAUCAAACGGGCUCCGUCGAUUGUCCUACAUUGAGCUCCGAAUUGUUACAGUUCCUCACAAACCCCAACGUGGACAGUCUGAUCGAAAACGGAAAUAACUUGAUCUUUUUUGCCAAGUCCAGCGUCAUACCGUGCGAGAUAAAAAGUGCCUUGAAAGCGAUCGCACCAGAUGUUCGGGUGGAGUGUUUCGGAGCCAAAGUGUCUGGAGUUGGGUAUGAGGAGGACAGUGUCAAUCUGUAUAUCGAUGAUGCGAAAUAUCCAAAAACGGCAGAAUCCGUGAAAGAAAUUCUUGAUGCGUUGAAAGCCUUUUUCAUCGACAACAAUGAUGAAUGGGUGAUUCAGAACAUUCAAGAGGCGGACGUUCAAACGCAUCUGACGGUAAAGAACACAUGCGAAAACAUAAGCUGCCGUGUAACAUUCGCCGGUGAAAUCAACUGCCACAACAGCACGCUGAUCCAUUACUACGUCAAAUCAUUCCCCAUGUACCAAAAACUAUGUUACUUCGUUCAGGAGUUCAUCAAACUGGGCGGUCUGGAUCUCAAUCGCUACAUAAUAAUCGUUCUGGUUCUGUUCUACCUACAGAAACGGGAUUACCUACCUACGAUUGCUCAAUUGCAAUCCAAAGUUUCUGAUAAAAAAAUAAUCGGAAACUGGCUCGUCAACUUUAUUCCUCGUAAGCCCGAAGAAAUGAAGUUGAAACCGUGCGAAACCGAUCUCCGCAAAAGUGCUUCCGAUUUUUUCCUAUUCUAUGGCAAACAGUUCUCCUUUCAGGAAUCGGUUGUUUGUCCGCAGAUCGGUCUUGCCCUUAAUCGAACGGACUUCCUCGUCGAAAAUAUGUGGAAGAUGCCGCUUAAACAGUACAAAGUUUACGUCGAAGAGUGCAUGGCCAAAGAUGUAGCAGCGGGCAACAGUUUCGAUCAGUUUGCUGUGACCUCGAUGUGCGUGCAGGAUCCGUUGGCGCUGACGACAAACAUUGCCUCGCAGGUCACAUCGGAAGACACCGGCAAGUUCACCCAGUUAUGCCACACGGCGUACAAUUUUUACUUGAAUAAUUAGGUAAAAGUAUUCAUUGUGAUUUGUUGCCCUUUUAAUGUUUGAUAUUUUAUUCGAUUUCGUAACGUUGCAUUUCAUUUUACAAAUGGCGAUCAACUGAAUUAAAUUCUGCAUCGCGAAUGACUGAAUAUGUUAAAAUAAUUAACGUUUACAUAGAAUAUAUCGAUAAUAAACGUUACCAAAAAGUUUCAAUAA